AUGUUCUCGCUGGCCCUCUCUCUGCUCGACUCCCCAACACCGUCCAUCUCACAGGAAGCCUCAUUUUACCCGCCACUAAGCUCCCUCUCAUACAUCACCAAUUCCGAGUAUGGGACAUUUGGCGGUAUUUUCAGUGCACCCGCUCGAGAAGCCACAGAGAAUCUGUCUGGCUCUUAUGAUUACUGCACCAUGCCUCAUCCUAGCCCGGAGAGCUAUCAAUCUCCGCCUCCCGUCUAUAACCACUCCAUCGACGCACAGUUAGUGUAUGUGGAGUACAUGCAGCGCCACCAGCGACGCACAGCAUAUAACAUUCUUCCUGGUGGCGAGGACCAACGAUACGAAUGUGACGACGUCAAUCCGUACCUGUAUGCCGGUCCUACAGACGAAGAUUUGUCGCGCUCACCGCUCCCCGUCUAUGCGCAGACAUACACAGAUGCCAGCAAUCCGUUUGUUGCCAGCUAUGUUAAUGGCACUUGCCAAUAUCCGCAGCUCACUAUCGGUGGGGUAUUAGAUGGCUACCGACAUGGCCGUGAUCUUUGGGGAGUGUACGGCGAGAAAAUGGGUCUCUUACCGACCUCCCCCAAGGCACCCGCGGUGUGGUUUAGGUCUAGCAGCUCCGCGUUGACGCAGGAUUCUGCUGGUGCCGUCCUGCGUGGCAUCUGGCCCGAUUACCGCGGAUCGCUGCCACUACACCAGCAAGCUGCUGCUGUGGACACUGUCAAUGAAGGGUUCUCGUGUGCCGCCCGUUCCCAACUGCUCUCGAUCAUCCAGUCGAGCGAUGAGUGGAAUCAGCAUCUUGCGAUCACUCAGCCGUUGCGAAGUCGGCUCGGCACCCUCUUUGACGCAAACAGUAGUGACUGGAUGUCCACAUUUGAUCACUUCGCGGAUAAUUUCCAGGCGCGGCUAUGUAACGGAUACCGGUUACCAUGCAGCCGUAGCGAUCCCUCUGCGUGUGCCACUACUGCCGACGCCGACGAAGUCUUUCGGGCUGGUGAUUGGGAAUGGAAUUACUGGUGGAAUCAAAACCGCAAUGCGUCGCAGUACAUUCAAUUAGUGGAAGGGCUUUUUUUGCGGGAAAUUGUGGGACGACUAGAGGCGACUGCUCAGGGGUCCCUUGAUCGAGUGUACACGCAUAACUUCGUCCAUGAUGGUGAUUUAGGCCCCAUUUUAGGCGCUCUCGGGAUUGAACAGUUGCGAUGGCCCGGAAUGGGGUCCAAUAUCGCAUUUGAAGUGUGGCAAACAUCCGAUUCCCAGUCUUUUGCCCGUGUCCUUUACAGCGGGCAUGCUCUACGAACAGCUCAUGGUACCCUGGAUUGGGUUCCUCUCACCGAUGUGGUCGAUCGGUUGAAAGCACAUGUCCCGGAUGACAUCAUAGCCAUGUGCAAGGUCUAA